GUAACCUCCAAUCCCGGUAGUUUUCUCGAAAACCAUGGCGCCUGCCCGCCUGAGAAAUGAGAACCCUCAUCUCAACCCCCAAGUCACCCCCACACCACGACUCCUCCUCCGCCGCGACCGGCCGCAGUUUCUUCUCCGGCGCCGGAGAAUAUCAUCCGACCACCGAUUGUCCGAGUGAAAAUUCCAAUCUACAGAUCGUAGAAAUCGGAAAAUGCCUCCUAAACAGCAAUCGAAGGCGGAUUUAGCGAAGAAGCAGAAGGUAGUCGAGGACAAAACCUUCGGUUUGAAGAACAAGAACAAGUCAAAAAAUGUUCAGAAAUACGUGCAGUCCCUCAAGCAGUCUGUUCAGCCCAAGCCCGAACCGAGCAAACUCAAUGCCCAGAAGAAGAAAGAAGAGGAGAAGGCCAGGGAGAAGGAGCUCCAGGAGUUGUUUAAGGUUGCUGUUAAACAACCUAAAGUUCCUGUCGGUGUUGAUCCGAAGUCGAUUGUGUGUGAGCAUUUUAAGGUCGGGCAAUGUGCGAAAGGGUUUAAGUGCAAAUUUUCUCAUGACUUGAAUGUGCAGAGGAAAGGAGAGAAGAUAGAUAUCUACAGUGAUAAACGAGAUCAAGAACAAGAAACUAUGGAGGAGUGGGACCAAGAGACAUUGGAGAAAGUUGUUGCGUCCAAGAGCAAUGAGUACAACAAGAACAAGCCUACUGAUAUAGUGUGUAAAUACUUUCUAGAAGCGGUUGAGAAGAAGCAGUACGGUUGGUUCUGGGUCUGCCCGAAUGGUGGUAAAGAAUGUCACUACAGACAUGCUCUUCCCCCUGGAUAUGUUAUGAAGUCCCAGAUGAAAGCUCUUUUAGAGGAAGAAAGUGACAAGAUAUCCAUUGAGGAGGAGAUAGAAAACCAGCGUGCAAAAGUAACAACUACAACGCCUAUGACUCCUGAGUUAUUUAUGCAAUGGAGGAAGAAAAAGAUGGAGGAGAGGGAAGCUGGCCUGGCUGCACAGAGGGCUGAGAGAGCAAAGAAUGACCGCAUGAGGCAAGUUAAUAAAGAUCCAUCUCUUGAUCGACCGUGUUCUUCUACAUCAACCAUACAUGAUAAUGAAUGUAAUCCCAAUCAUGAUGAUGAAGAUGAUGACGAUGAUGAUCUUGACAUUGAUGAGUUGAACGAGCUAGAAGCCAGCCUGUCAAGAACGACACUACAAAUCAAAGAGCCAGGUGGCAACGUGUGAAGGGUUAAGGCUUGGAUUCGAAAUCUUAGCGUAUUUUUUACUCUGGGGGUUUGGUGCUUUGAAAGUACCUGCUAAAUUCAGUCCUUUUGUGGCGUUAGAUUUCAGAGUGAGAAGAGCCUUCUUUUUAUGCACAGUAUUGUUAUGUAGCAACUAGCAAGUCUUUUGUGAUCCUUCUUGUAGGGAAUCGGGUAGUGUCUUUGAAUUCCUGGUUCGAGUUUGAUUUUCAUUAGAUAAUAUUUAAUAAAAGUCGGGUUUGAUUUUGUGUAGUUGACGAGAUGUUAAUUAUUUAAUUCAUA